AUGAAGUUGGCCUUGACACCGUAUUUGUCCAUGCAAUCUAUAGGGUUGAUCGGCCUUGACGCCCCCACAAGUUCAUCCGCCUCUGCUCUUCUCCGCCCCACGAUGAUGCCGACGGACCCCCCCAUAUAUUACUCCCCGAAGCGCAAACGAGAACCCUCUGAAUCAGACUACUAUAGCCCAUCUGCAUCGCCAACAUCGACUGUUUCUGUCACGAGUCUACAAGACACUCGAUUCCGAGAAGAAGUCGAGCUUGGGAGGAACAGCCCGCGGGCCGCUGUGGCUGGGCGCUUUGGAGAAUUAGCGAUUCGCGGAGAGCGCUUCCCAAAUCCAAGGCUGCCGAACUGUGAAUCUCAGCCGGAUUCUAUUGCACAAACAAAGCACGAAAAAUGUGCGCCAUCCAAUCACUUCGAUCUCAAGAACAUGCCUGAAGGCUUGCCCGCCGCCAACGGCGAGUCGCAUGAGGCCCUACACCACCGAUCGCCUGUGGAAUUAGCAGAACAAGUCCCAACAGACAGUAUCCUGGUUACACCGGCUUCAACGCCCUCAAAGAAGAGGACGACUCUAUCUCCGCUGAAACGGAGUCGCUCGGUGUCACCAUCGAAGAUUCGCAAGCAGCGGCUCUCCCCUCCCCUGACAGAAGCCUCUCCAGAAGAUCCCUUUACAUGGCAUGACCACGAAAUUACGGGCCACAAUCCAACAGACCCCACUGACGAUGGCUACGGAAUAAAUGGCGUGGGCUUCAAGCCCACCGCCGCAAUCGCGUGGGCGCGGUCCCAAAAGCGACAGAAGCAAGUUGCCGAGUGGAAGAAUCGCGAGGCACGAGAAGCCCGCGAGAAACGCCGGGAAAAAGACGUGAGGGUUCAAGUUUGA